ACUCAGAAAGAGAUAAAAACAUUGUUAGGUCGAAUUUCUGCGUUUUCUAAGGUGAAUCCUUAAAAAAUCGAUUAAUAGAUUUUGGGGGAAAUAACCAAAGGUUGGCGAUGCUUAGGGAAUUUUCGCACACAUAUAUAACCUAACAUAUUCAUUGUUCUUGAAAUAGUUGAAAUUAUGUGAAUUACAGCCCAAACUGUUGAAUUUGGGUUGAAAUGAGAACUAUUAUUAUUUAAACAGUGCCAUGCUAGUUAAACGGCGUUAAUCGCAAAUUAAAUUUUUAUCUCAUCUCUUGUGACUGUGACGACGGCUAGGCCCAAAAUGCCGGUGAAAUAUUUAACCCCCGAUUAUUCGCAAACACUGCGCUGGAACGACAUCCUCACCUCAAUGUACUUACUGCUAUACUUGAGCUUUUUGUACUACAACAACCUGAUUUUAUCAAUUGGACACUCGGACUCCCUUUACAACAUCCUAGGCCUUGCGGCUUUGGAAUUUAUCAAAUAUUCGUUUCACGUAUCUCGCACAAAAACCAGCUUUUAUAAACACCACGCCAAAGACUUUAUAAAAAACGUCCUAGUCUUGUUGUUACUCUUUGCCACAAUUUACGUCGUUGCUGUUUUGUUCGGAGCGCCUAUUCUUUCCGAUUUUGAAGAAACUUGCAUGUUUUCGUUGAUUGUUACAACCUUUACUGCGCUUCCUCUUUGCUUGUAUUUUGGGGGUGAUAACACAGUACACAUGUUCUUGUCACUCGCUUCGUAUGAUGGUAGCGAUGUCCAGAAGUUGUUUAUGCUGAAAUUGAGGUUGACUCUCUUUGGGGCCUGGCUGGGGGCCAUCGUCAUACCACUGGACUGGAACAGGCCGUGGCAGGACUGGCCCAUCCCUUGCAGCGUGGGGGCCAUGGUGGGCUACAUGGUCGCCAAUUUUGUUACCUCUCUGCUCCAACACCAGUAUUUCGCCAAGUUUAUCAGAAAGACUGGAAAAUAUAUGCUAUGAGUUGUGUUACGCUUAAAAUAAAUGUCGAUUUUCGUUAAA